AUUUUACUUUCUUUCUCUUUAUAUAUUCUCUAUACUGCUAUAUACACAAACUAGAAACUGUAAAUGGAUCCUUCUUUCAAAGGAGACCAAGAAAUGUUAAAAAUCAAGAAACAAGGUCAUCAAGAUCUUGAGUUAGGUUUGAAUCUUUUGCCAAGUGCUACGACCUCAUCAGAGCUCAAUCUCAUGGAUUCUUUCAAAACCAGCUCAUCGUCGACUUCUCAUCAUCAUGGCAAUCAUCAAGAACAUUUGGAAAAUCCGAGAGUGUUCUCGUGCAAUUAUUGUAAGAGAAAGUUCUAUAGCUCCCAAGCACUAGGCGGCCACCAAAACGCUCAUAAACGCGAACGCACCUUAGCCAAACGAGGACAGUACUACAAGAUGAGUCUCUCAUCCUCGUCUCCUUCUUCAGCGUUCGCUUUUGGCCACGGUUCAGUCAGCAGAUUCGCAAGCCUGGCAUCCUUACAGUUACAUGGCUCGGCUAAUAACAGAUCAACGCUAGGGAUCCAGGCUCACUCAGCGAGUCAUAAUCCCUUGUUAGGAAGACAAACAGCGAGUUUAACUCAGGUUUUCAAACAUACCAUUCACCAGAAACCAGGCACCGGAAAGAUGUUGCCGGAGAAAUUUCACCUUGAAGUCGCCAGCAGUAAUAACACUAUUGCUCCUAAGUUGGAGAUGAUUGGACAUUUCAAGAGCAAAGAAGAAGAUAAUAAUCAGUUUAAGAAGAUUGACUUGACUCUUAAGCUAUGAUAUCUUCUUCAUCUUCUUUUUAGUCUUCAUUACUAUACAUUUUUGGUUUUUAUUAUCUUUUGAUUCUUAUCUUUGUUUAGUAUAAUGAUUGACAGGAUGUGUUAGAGUUCCAUUAAUCAAGUUGUACCUUUCCCCCUCAAUAUAUG